UCCAACAAGUGGGACAGGGGAUUGUAGGUGUAUUGCUUGAUUGUUCUACCCCUGUUCCCACUCUCCCUACCCCCCGUGUUCUGUGAUUACCGGGACUUCUCAAGUACCGCAUCGGUUCAGACUGAUGCCGACGGAACAGGACACCGGGGCACUGCCACGACGCAGUGCCAGAAUCGCAGUUCGUGCCCACCCUGCAGUACCUCCAAGACCGAAGAAACUCGGCAGGCGGACGACUCCAGCAGCAUCAAGUACGGCAUUGACGGUACAAGACGCCACCGGAGAUCAUCCCGCAUACCCAGUCCGAGGAGCCAAUAAGCCAGCGGCUGAUUAUCGUGGGCGGCUACUGGCAUUUACGGAAGCCGUAGCUGCCGUCGAGGCCCGGAAGGAGACAGCAGAGGCAGAAYGUCAGAGGCUAGCCAAUGAAGCGGCAGCCGAAGCUCAGCGAACGACUGAGACUGACGCAGAGAAACGAGACAGACGGAAUGCCAGCAGCACGGAGUCCUUGAUUGCUUGUGAGCAUCAGUGGACGACGAUACUCCAAGGCAUGAUCUUUGUGCCUACGGAAAYGCRGGCAGACCCGACACCGGCGGAGGCAGAGAGAASUAACCUGGCUAACUUGCYGYUGGGCAUGAUGAGAGGUAUUAUGUGGAAUAAUACACUGCUGCAUUCACAUCUGCGCACGGACGCGACGCAGCGACAAACAUACAAGAACGAUAUGACUGCGUUAACAACUGCUAUCCGCACAGAGGCAACGCUGCAGCAGCAACAACAUCAUCUGUUGAAUUCCACUAUCACACGCGUCAACAGCAUAGAGGCUAACGCCUCAGCAGCGCCAGGCUGCACGACAGACAUGACGAAGCAAUUCAACGAGCGCAUCGAUCACGUCGUCACCAUCAUCGGCAACAUAAGUACUUUCAACGGACCAGACUCGAUCAGCAGCACGGUGGCCGCCAUCAAGACGGACAUCACCAAGCUACAGACGAGACCGGAAGCCGCUACAAAGACGUUCAAGAUGCCGCACUUCGACAUCAGCAAGUUCGACGAUUACAAUAAGUCGGACGCCUUGCCAUGGUGGCAACGCUUCCUCACGGAAGCAUCAUGCCGCAUGUUCCCGGCAGACGACAUGUUGAAGGCACUAUAUCUGCAGCUGAUUGGAGGAGCGCAGAGAUGGAUGAACCACCUAGCGGCUACACACAAGUGCACUAUCGCCGAACUCCACACGCACAUUACGUGGAAGGAGUUCGAGCAGCUAUGGUUAACCAGAUUCAUGGUCCGCAAUGUCGUGAAGAUGGCCAUGAACGAGGUCUACACAUGCUCUCAAGGGAACAUGCCAACGCGAGACUGGGCAUCAAAAUGGCAGAAGAUAGUGACCACGCCAGGCUUCGACUUGACGUGGUACCAGAUUGAAAUCCAGCCUCAAGACCGGUACAAGACCGCGUUCAAGAUGCGGUAUGGGCAUUUUGAGUGGGUUGUCAUGCCAUUUGGCCUCACCAAUGCCCCCGCUACGUUUCAAGCAGCAAUGACGACUGAGUUUCGMGACUUGCUCGAUCGCAGCGUCCUCAUCUACCUUGAUGAUAUCUUGGUUUAUAGUAGGACGUUGGACGAGCAUAUCAUACACCUUCGCGUUGUCUUGAAUCGUUUGCGACUAGCCAAGUACAAAACGAAUCUCGACAAAUGCGAAUUCGCCAAGCAAGAGUUUGAGUACUUGGGCCAUUUUGUCACGCCGAAAGGCAUUCGUCCCUUARCGGACAAGAUCCAAGCCAUCGUGGACUGGCCGGAACCCCGUUGCACGAYGGAUGUACGCUCUUUCAUGGGAUUGGCUGGAUAUUAUCAGCGUUUCGUCGAGUCAUACUCGAAAGUGGCCGCUCCUUUGUCGAGACUUCAGUCCCCGAAGGUGCCCUUCGAGUUCGACGACGUAGCCCGUGGCGCGUUCACUACGUUGAAGGCCGCGAUGCAAGCCGCACCUGCCCUCCGUAUAUAUGACCCCACCCUACCCACCCAAGUGACUACGGACGCUUCGGGAUACGGUAUUGGKGCGGUGUUGGAACAGUGUCACGAGGACGGUUGGCAUCCGGUUGAGUACUUCUCCCAGAAGGUGCCUCUCGUCAACACUCUUGAUGACGCUAGGAAGAAAGAGCUACUCGAUUUCGUCACCGUCCUCAAAUGUGUGAGGGACCUGCCGGGAUGGAGACGGAGGGUUGAGGAAGGAGGACAUGGAGAUGGAGCUGGAAGGGACGGUGCAGCUCCGGCGCAGACUCAACACGCGCGUACUCCAAAACGUGCGGAAUGAAGAAUGAAUCGAAAACAGACAA